UUAUAAUAUGGGGAUUCCCCGCGAGAGAAUUUCCAAAGAAAAAACCAUGAUACGAUGAACUUUAUUCAUUUUAGGUAACUGAUAACUUUUCAAGAGACAUUCAGUCCCGAUUAACAUGGUUGGUGAUGGAGUGAAUUGAAAAGCGCUUUUGCGAUGGAGAAACGUUACAGAGCUCAAGAUGUUUAUAAUAAAUACAGAAAAGAGGAGGAAGAACCACGCCCAACCAAACACCUCAUGCUGUCCAUCUUUCACAUCAUUAUUGAAUAUCUUAGUCUUUGCAGACCAGAGGAGAAAUUCUCUUUUCACGAAUUUCACAAAAUUUUAGACUUAAGCUCCACCGAAAGUGAUUUCAGUUUAGAGAAGGCUUCAGAGGCAUUCGAAAGGCUAGAAUUUUAUUUAGUUACAAUAUGGAAAAAUUCUUGGAAACCAGAAUUUAAGAGGAUGCGAAAAUACUGCGGAUAUUAUCAAACGAAGAUCGAGUCGCACUUGAAAAAAUCAGAAGAAGUAUUUAAGUUAAUUGGUUAUGUAGAAGCAGCAGAUUGUUUAUUACUGAAUCGUAGACUUAAUCAAGACGUUGUUCUCUCCGUAGGAUUUGAAUGUAUUGUAGCUUCUGUUGAAUGCCAUUUAGUAUCAAAAAUAAUUAACAGACUCGAAAGUCCACUAAGGCCCUGUGAUGUCUUCACUUUGAGGCAAAAAUACACCGGAGGUGAAGAAGAAUUUAUAACAAUAUUGAACGGAAACAAAAGAGACCCGGUUUUAAAAAAUUCUUCGGGAUCGGAGUACCGAAACGAUACAGAGGUUGACCAUAAUUCAGUUACGUUCUCUCCAUCUGAAGAAAAAACGGGUCAUCGUGAUAUUCCCUUUAUAGAUGAUGAUGCCGAUGGACACAAGGAGUAUGAACAUUUAGGUCCGAACUUCGAAGAGGGAACGCUCGACGACCAUCUGAUGGCGAGUUUAAAGUUAGUGAGCAAAGAGAAAGUGAAAACGGAAGAACCACCACCGAAGAAAGGAUCCGACGAGUGGUCAUAUGUUACGGAAAGUUUAAGAAAAAGAUACGGUGAAGAAUAUAACUGGGGACUACGUGGAGACAUUCUGCAGCCAGAACAGUUAACAAAUCGGCUCACACAGGACAGUAGAAAUGACAAAAAUGAAGUGCAAAAGAGGAUUAUCCGAAAGGAAAGUUCCUCGUAUCGAGAUUCUGGUUAUGUCGGUGGAAGUAGCUUUCGAAAUACCAGUCAUCGAUCUGAACUUGUCACUCGAGCCACUGGGGGCGCCGAGUCUAAAAUGUCAUCGCUUAAUAAGCCCACACAGCAAACAUCCUACGCUCACGAGCAAUUAUCACCUUCAAAUGCCACUGGAAACUUAAAUGUUUGUGUUGAAGAAGAAGGGAUUGGUGGUGAUAAUCUUUACAACGAUAUAGUUGAAAUGAGAUACGAAAGAUUAGGUACUACCCAACCCUUUAAUUUCAGCCAUUCAGCACCUGUAGCGCGAAAGAUUUCAACAGAUACCGAAGUGUCUCCUUCCAGCAGUAGUCGCUUUGGCAGUCAUAGUCUAAAUGAAGGUGGAUGGGUUUGUCCAUACUGUACCAUUCGAAAUCCCAAGGGUAAUCUUAUUUGUUCAGUUUGCAGUAAGACUAAUGAUGUUAGGGACAUAAAACCGUCAUCGAAAUCAAUGGACGUAAGAUGGACGUCCAGACAAUGUUCCAAAUGUACCUACGCGAAUCAUUCUGAUCGGAGCGAGUGUGAAAUGUGUGGCAACCCAAUAAACGAAGCAAACUCAGCAGUGUAACAGUUUCUACGUUAUGGGCUUUUUAUUCUAAACUAAGCAAGAGAAUGAUACACACAGUUAUUUUGACAAGGUUAAUAAGAGCUUAUCUAAUAAUAGUUCGCUUUUGAAAGCUCAUUGUAUUUUGUGAACAUAAGCAAUAUGAUUUUUGUUUUUCGAUAAACUUCCAACGUGAUAUGUUUACAUAAUAUAUUGAAUAGUUAUAAUUUCCUGUAAUAAAAAGUGAAAAAAUUGAUAAAAUAAAAUCACAAAACAUUUACA